AUGGGCCCAGCUGAAGCCGAUACUUUGGCGCCCGAUGGCGCGUACUGGACACAAGCUCUGGACUUGAGGUUAUCCACUCUUUCCAAACAACACCGUCUUAAUCAACGCACACUCAAGGACGAUAUGAGAUCCGUGCGACUCAUGAUGCACGACUUGGAACUUCGACAUAACGCGCUUUCCCUGGCUUGUCAGCUGCCCGUGGAAAUCCUCCUGUUAAUAUUCAGAUUGCUUGCCACGUCCGAACGUGAGGAAUGGCUACCUGUCUCACAGGUCUGUCACUACUGGCGGGAUGUAUCUCUUUCCGAUGGCUCCCUAUGGGCUCGUGUAUACGUACGGUCUCCAAGCUUAUGGGACUUAUUUGUCCAACGUGCUCAGGGUCAGCCGCUGCACGUUCAUGUCUAUAACCACGGGACGUGGGCCCUCUGGCUGGAGGCAGCGAUGAAGAAAGACAUCGAAAGCAUACAAACCUUACAUAUCGAGUGCCCCAAGCUCGAGUACCUUGAACCUGCGAUUCGCUGUCCAGUCAGACUCGUCGACGCUCUCAAUACAAUGGCGCAUGCACCUCGAUUACGCAGCUUGACCGUCCAAAGGUCGAUUGAUGGUUGUUCCAGCCAGAUUGAUCUUGGUCCCCACACCCUUUCGUCGAUCCCCACUCAACUUGAACACAUCGAACUUCGUCGUAUACCUUUCCCAUGGACAGCUGAGGCCCAUCAUCUACACCGUCUCCACGUGGAGAACAUCGCACAACCGGUCAACAUCGUGCUCCUUGGGUUACAAGCUCUUCCGAAUCUGAGUCAUGCGUACCUACAAUUCGAAAACACCUCGCACGCCGUGCCGGCGUCGGAUGCCAUGCCCACAGUGGUUAUGGCCCACAUACGAGAUCUCGUCGUCGGUGGCGCCGUCGCUGCAUGUACCAUCAUGUGUCGUAACAUCCGUCUGCCGCCCUCAGCCAAGAUGUCUGUCAACGUUUCCAGCUACCGCGAAGACGUUCGGGUGGAUGACAUCCGACGCCUUGCGAAAUCUGCGGCUCGUCAAAUUCAGAGAUUGAACGAAGCGACAUCUAUCACCGUGACAGCUCAUGCAGAGCAUAGAAGCAUGAUCGACAUUCACGUCCGCGGGUUUCGGGCUUCGCCGCACGGUCAGGCAGACUUGAGGAACGUUGAAAUAUCGAUUCCUUGCUUUCGUAUCUCAUUCGAGCUAUGCGAUGCGACCAAUCGCGUGUCGCCAAAGUACAGAUUCAAGGUACUCCGGCGAAUGAUGGCAUCUUCAGAGAAGACACGCUGGAGCGCGCUAGACGUCUUCGGGAAGUGGCAUCUACCUCUUAUGCUUCACGAGGUGGUUCGCCCUGCAGUGCACUUGAGCGCACUCGCGAUGGGCGGUGCAUCUCAUAGCAUGGUCAAGUCCGCGCUUCACCAGCUCCAACCAGAGCUACAUUCGAAUGAGCCAGCGCCAAUUGUAUUUCCCGCAUUAAGGCAUCUCACGCUGUCGCGCAUGUCCCUCGGUUGUGAUCAUAGUGAAUGCGACGGGGACGAUGCUCUGAUCCACUCGUUGAGAGGCAUGUUGAAUGCACGCAAGAAUGAUGGCUACCCCCUGUCGACACUGGAGCUGAAGGAGUGUUCGAUAGCAAGAGAAUAUGCUAUCUUGUUCAAGUUGGACGUCGAGAACCUUAUCUGGGACGGGCGGGAGGGCGACGCGCACGAGCGUCAUAUGACUGCGCGACGUCUGGACGUCAAUUAG